AUGGAAUUUGCACAGCAAAUAAUGGCUGCUGCCUUAAUGCUAGUGGUGUUGAUGUACACCCUUAAUAUACUAAACUGGGCCUACUUCAGGCCCAAGAGGCUUCAAGCUCUGCUGAGGAAACAGGGUCUUAAGGGGAACCCUUACAAAUUUCUCCAUGGUGACUUGAGAGAGUUGAAGCUUAUGUUGGAGGAAGCCUCAUCAAAACCCAUCAGUCUUGAUGAUGAUAUCAAGCUAAGGGUCUUCUCCUUCUUCCUCAAAACUAUUAACAAGUAUGGAAAUCGAUCGUUUUUCUGGUUCGGACCUCGGCCGUCGGUUAUUGUAACGGACCCGGAACUUGUUAAGGAGGUCAUGACCAAGAUUAAUCUGUACCAUAAGCCGAGGAGCUCGAAUCCUCUAAGCAGGUUACUUCUACAAGGGCUUGUGUCCUACGAGGGAGAUAAAUGGGCCAAACACAGAAAAUUAAUCAACCCCGCUUUCCAUUUAGAGAAACUUAAGCUCAUGAUGCCGGCCUUCUAUAUGAGUUGUGAGGAAGUCUUGCGCAAAUGGGAGGCGAUUCUGUCGGCAGCAGAAGAAGGGUCGUGCGAGGUGGAUGUUUGGCCGUAUUUGCAGAAUCUAACUAGCGAUGCAAUAUCACGAACUUCGUUUGGUACUAGCUAUGAAAAGGGCCGAAGAAUAUUCGAACUUCAACGGGAGCAGGCUGAACUCAGCACGAAGGCUUCGCGGUCCAUUUAUAUUCCCGGAUGGAGAUUUUUGCCGACAAAAAUGAACAAGCGAAUGAAAGAAAUCGAAAAAGAAGUUCAAUUCUUAAUACGAGGUCUCAUUAACGAAAGGGUCAAGACGAUGAAAGCAGGGGAGUCGAGAGGUGAAGACUUGCUUGGCAUAUUGUUGGAGUCCAAUUUCAGGGAAAUCGAGCAACACGGCAACAAGAAUUUUGGGAUGAGCAUAGAUGAAGUUGUGGAAGAGUGUAAGCUAUUCUAUUUUGCAGGGCAGGAGACUACGUCAGUGCUUCUUGUGUGGACAAUGGUUCUGUUGAGCCGAUACCCCGAGUGGCAGACAAAAGCUAGGGAAGAGGUUCUUCAAGCCUUUGGGAAUCAAAUUCCAGAUUACGAUGGAUUGAAUCACCUCAAAAUCGUAACCAUGAUUUUGAACGAGGUCUUGAGGCUAUAUCCGCCAGUAGUUGCCCUCGGUCGGUACGUGACUGAGGAAACCAAAUUGGGGAAAUUGACUUUGCCAGCUGGAGUUCAGCUCACGUUACCGAUUAUCAUGUUACAUCACGACCGUGAAAUCUGGGGAGAUGAUGUGAUGGAGUUUAAGCCAGAGAGAUUUAGCGAAGGCGUGACCAAAGCACAAAAGGGAGGGCAGGGGUUGUUCUUCCCUUUUGGGUGGGGCCAAAGGAUAUGCAUUGGGCAGGCGUUUGCGAUGGUUGAGGCAAAAAUGGCACUUGCUAUGAUCCUCCAGCGCUUCUCAUUCGAGCUCUCGCCAACCUAUGCGCAUGCUCCGCGCAGCAUAAUAACCACACAGCCUCAACAUGGUGCUCAUUUGAUCUUACAUAGCCUCUAG